AUGCGUCCAAAUACCGAUAUACAACAACGGCAAAAACAGAAGGAUCAAAUGUUUUCUCCACGUAGAGUACAAAAUUCUAUAAGAUUUGCAUCAGAUGUUGAUAGCGGUGUAUCAAGUAAUGCUUCCUCAUCUUUAACUAUUAAUACAUGUGUUGCUCAAUGUCCUAAGGAAAAAUCAAGUCCAAGAGAAAUAAAUUCCUACUAUAGACCUCGAGGACAAACAGUUUCAUCUCGUAUGCCAGCAUCACCAAUUCCUGAACAUGUUAUGGAAACAGUAGAAGCAACAAUAGAUGCAAAAAAUAGAAAAGAAAGUGGUGAUUCAUGUUUAGGUGAAUCGUUUGAUGAAAAUGAAGAUAUUUUUAGUUUUACACGUACAACAUAUCAAAGGCGUAUGUCGGUACCUGCAAGUGUAUUUAAUCAAGCAAACUAUGCUAUUGUACGUCAAAAUGACAGACAAUACGAUAUUGUUGCAGCUUUUUGUAAAGAUGCACUUCCAUUUGAAUCAUAUUUAAAAAGUUUAACUGCUUAUGAUAUAGCAUCAAAACAUAAUGUUGUUCCUUAUUUUCAUGAAAAUUUAUCAGUACAUAAAGCAAUUAAAGCAUUUGUAGAAAAUGGACAUCAAGCUGGUUUAGUUUGUGAUGACAAAAGCAAAGGAAUAUCAAUUUUUACUGAUUCAGAUUGUAUGGAGGCCAUUUGGGCAUCAAAUGAAGAAAGAUUAGAUUUAAAUUUAAUAAAAUUAAAAGAAUAUUUAUUACUCAAUGAUGUUAAAAAAGAUAUGAUAUCUGUUAGUGCUAAUAUGACUGCAUGGGAUUUGGGUAAAUUAAUGGUACAAAGCAAGGUUAAAAGAGUACCGGUAUAUGAAGAAGAUAGAAAUUCUCAGGAUUGUUUAGCAUUUGUUACUCUUCAACAUCUUUUCACUUUAACAAUUGCAAAAAUUUUAGAAAAUAAAAAUUUUGCCUUAGCUGACUUAACAAAAUGGACAUUAGGAGAAAAAAAUCUUGAAACGUUAGAUCCAAUUGAAGUUAUAAGUCAAACAUCAUUGUUAAAAGAAGCUGUUGGAAGGUUAUUAAGAAAUUCUCUUUCUGUACUCCCUGUUAUUGAUGAAAAAGAACAUGUUAUAGGAGUUAUAACAAAACGUGACAUUCUCAAUGAAAUGCGAUUUAAUGAUAAAACAUACGAUGAAAUUAUGUCUUUGCCAGUUUCUUUUGUUAUUAAAAAUCGUCAAAUACCUCCAUUGGCUACAGGAGAAACAAUUAUCAGUGAUGCAAUUGAAAUGUUAUUAAAAUCAAACUUAAAUGCUUUGUUCACUGUCGGUUUAGAUUAUAAACUUAUGGGAGCUGUUUCAUAUUUUGAUAUAAUGGAAUAUAUAAUUAGUCUUCAUCAAGAUAGCAAAGGAAUGACUCAAUAA